UUGCCCGUCGGGGCCUUCUGGGUGCGGUGCUGGUAGGAGCGAUCGAGGCCAUGGAGCACCUUUCCCUGGACGUGGCUGCUGUCCCGCUGCGGCUCAUCGCCGCCCAGAACGAGAAGAGCCGCGGCGAGCUGGGCAUGUUUUUGGCCAAGCAGGUGUGGACGCCUCAAGAUCGCCAGAGUAUCCUAAAUGUCUUGGCACAGUUACUUUUGGAUAAGGACUGCACUGUGUUGGUUGCUCGCCAGCUGCGCCCUCUCCUUUUGGAUUUGCUGGAAAGGAAUGCUGAAGCCAUUAAGGCUGGAGGUCAAGUCAAUCAUGACCUGCACGAGCGACUGUGUGUGUCCAUGAGCAAGCUCCUUGGUAGCCAUCCGGACGUCCUCCCGUUUGCCCUACGAUAUUUCAAGGACACUGCGCCAGUCUUCCAGAGACUUUUCCUUGAGAGUUCAGAUGCAAAUCCUGUCCACUAUGGGCGCAGGCGGAUGAAGCUUCGUGACUUGAUGGAAGCAGCCUACAAGUUUCUGCAGCAGGAGCUGAUGGUUUUUCGUGAGCUCUGGGAUUGGAGCGUGUGUAUUCCUCUGCUUCGCAGCCACGACACUCUAGUCCGCUGGUACACAGCCAAUUCCCUUGCUUUGGUCAUGUGUAUGAACGAGGAGCACAAAUUAUCAUUCCUAAAGAAGAUUUUCAGUAAUGAGGAGCUGAUCCACUUCAGAUUGAAAUUAUUGGAAGAGGCCCAGCUGCAGGACUUGGAAAAGGCCUUGGUUUUGGCCAAUCCAGAGACCUCCCUUUGGCGUAAGGAGAAGAAGCUGCAGUACUCACAGGGACACAUCGUCUCUGUUGACCUCUCCUCCAGGGUGACAGCUGUCUGUGGUGUACUGCUGCCAAGCCAGCUGCUGGCUCCUGGAGACCAGACUAGUUAUAACAAUUCUUCUCACCAAGAGGAACUCGCCUCUGAGUCUUAUGUGCUGGUUGAGUCAGUCUGCAAAAAUCUUCAGACCCUGGCCAUGGCUGUGGCUUCUCAGAAUGCUGUGCUGUUGGAAGGGCCUAUAGGAUGUGGCAAAACUUCCUUAGUUGAAUAUUUAGCUGCAAUGACAGGUAGAAGAAAGCCUCCUCAGCUUCUUAAAGUUCAACUUGGAGAUCAAACGGACAGUAAGAUGCUGUUAGGGAUGUUUCGCUGUACAGAUGUUCCAGGAGAGUUUGUGUGGCAGCCUGGCUCCCUUACACAGGCUGCUACGAAUGGCUACUGGAUCCUUCUCGAAGAUAUUGACUAUGCCCCCUUAGAUGUGGUUUCUGUGCUGAUCCCUCUUUUGGAGAAUGGAGAGCUCUUGAUUCCUGGCCAAGCUGACUGUGUAAAAGUGGCUCCUGGAUUUCAGUUCUUUGCGACUAGAAGACUCUUAUGCUCUGGAGGAAAUCGCUAUCGACCUCUGAAUAGUCAUGCUACUCUGCUAGACAAGUACUGGACUAAAAUUCACCUGGAUGACAUGAAUAAGAUGGAAUUGACUGAGGUUCUUCAGAACAGAUACCCGAAUCUGUUGGCAGUAACUGAUCAUCUCCUUGACAUUUACAUCCAACUCACCAGUGAGAAACAUUCCGGAAGAGAUAGUGUUGAUGGAUGUGAACAGGAUCUCGAGGGAGCUCCAGAAGCCAGUAAAGAAAGCAAAAGACUAAGCCUGGAGGGAAGAGAAUUGUCUCUCAGGGAUCUGCUGAAUUGGUGUAAUAGGAUUGCCCAUAGUUUUGGCAGUAUGUCUUCCUCAUCAUUGAACAUUUUCCAAGAGGCUCUGGACUGUUUCACAGCAAUGCUUUCUAGGCGUACCAGCAAAUUGAAAAUGGCAGAAGUUAUUGGCAGCAAAUUGAACAUUUCCAAGAAAAAGACUGACUUUUUCUGUCAACUUUAUAAACCAGAAAUUGUAAUCAAUGAGCUAGAUGUACAAGUGGGCCGAGUGCAUCUUCUUCGGAAACAGAAUGAGUUUGUUCACCUACAGAGGGAGAGACUCACUUUUGCUGCAACCCGCCCGUCCUCUGUUCUCAUUGAGCAGCUGGCAGUGUGUGUCAGCAACGGGGAGCCAGUGCUGCUGGUGGGAGAGACGGGGACUGGCAAGACAUCCACAGUGCAAUAUUUGGCUCAUGUCACAGGCCACCGCUUGAGGGUUGUCAAUAUGAACCAACAAAGUGACACUGCAGAUUUGCUUGGAGGUUAUAAACCAGUGGACCAUAAACUUAUCUGGCUACCCCUACGAGAGGCAUUCGAGGAACUUUUUGCCCAGACUUUUUCCAAGAAGCAAAACUUUACCUUCUUGGGCCAUAUUCAGACCUGUUAUAGGCAAAAACGGUGGCAUGAUCUUCUUAAACUAAUGCAACAUGUACAUAAAUCUGCCAUGAGCAAGUGUGGAAAAGAGAGUGAAACUGGGUUACUUCUGAAAGAGAAAUGGGAAGCAUUUGCUCUUAGACUCAAUCAUGCCCAUCAGCAGAUGAAAAUGACUGAAAAUGCACUAUUGUUUUCAUUUGUGGAGGGUACAUUAGUUCAGGCUGUAAAGAAAGGAGAGUGGAUCUUAUUGGAUGAGAUUAAUCUGGCUGCUCCGGAAACUUUAGAAUGUCUGAGUGGCUUACUUGAAGGAUCAUCGGGCUCCCUUGUAUUGCUGGAUCGAGGAGACACAGAACCACUGGUUCGUCACCCUGACUUUCGUUUAUUUGCCUGCAUGAAUCCAGCAACUGAUGUGGGAAAAAGAAAUCUACCUCCAGGAAUAAGAAAUAGAUUUACAGAAUUUUACGUAGAAGAAUUGGAAAGUAAAGAAGACUUGGAAAUUCUUAUUUUGGAUUAUUUGAAAGGAUUGAAUAUAAACAAGAGCACAGUUCAGGGAAUCAUAAAUUUCUACACCUCUGUUCGGAAAGAGUCUGGGACAAAAUUGGUGGAUGGGACUGGCCAUAAGCCGCACUACAGCCUUCGGACACUUUGCCGCGCUCUGCGAUUUGCAGCCUCCAAUCCAUGUGGCAAUAUUCAGCGCUCCCUCUAUGAGGGCUUUUGUCUUGGUUUCUUAACACAGCUUGACAGGGCAUCACACCCAGUAGUUCAGAAGCUCAUUUGUCAACACAUAGUUUCCGGCAAUGUGAAAAGUCUUCUGAAACAGCCUAUUCCAGAACCAAAAGGAGGCCGACUUAUCCAGGUGGAAGGUUACUGGAUUUCUGUGGGAGACAAGGAGCCAACAAUAGAUGAGGCAUAUGUUCUUACCUCUUCUGUCAAGCUGAACCUGAGAGAUGUGGUUAGAGUGGUUUCUGCAAGGACCUAUCCAGUACUUAUUCAGGGAGAGACAUCUGUUGGUAAAACAAGCCUGAUCCGGUGGCUAGCUUCAGCUACUGGUAACCACUGUGUGCGAAUCAACAAUCAUGAACACACAGAUAUUCAGGAAUACAUUGGUUGUUACUCAUCUGACUCUUCAGGAAAGCUUGCAUUUAAAGAAGGUGUACUCAUUGAUGCUAUGAGAAAGGGCUACUGGAUUAUUUUAGAUGAAUUAAAUCUGGCUCCUACUGAUGUAUUAGAGGCACUAAACAGACUACUGGAUGAUAACCGCGAAUUGCUUGUAACUGAAACACAAGAAGUUGUUAAAGCUCAUCCCCGGUUCAUGCUCUUUGCUACUCAGAAUCCCCCAGGCCUUUAUGGAGGCAGAAAGGUGCUUUCUCGCGCCUUCAGGAAUCGGUUUGUGGAACUGCACUUUGAUGAACUGCCUAGUUCUGAGCUGGAAACUAUCUUGCACAAGCGAUGUAAUUUACCACCCUCCUAUUGCAGCAAGUUGGUGAAAGUCAUGCUGGAUCUUCAGUCCUAUCGCAGGAGUUCAUCAGUGUUCGCUGGAAAACAGGGCUUCAUUACACUUCGUGAUCUGUUUAGAUGGGCUGAAAGAUACAGAUUGACUGAACAGACGGAGAAGGAUUAUGACUGGCUACAGCACUUAGCCAAUGAUGGUUUUAUGCUUUUGGCGGGUCGAGUCAGGAAGCAGGAAGAGGUUGAUGUGAUUCAAGGUGUCCUUGAAAAACAUUUCAAGAAAAAAGUGUGUCCUCAUUCCCUCUUCUCCAAAGAAAAUGUCUUAAAAUUGCUGAGUAAAUUUUCUACUCAGGUAUCCUCACUGGACUCUAAGUUUAGCCAUAUUGUGUGGACCAAGGGCAUGCAGAGACUGGCAAUGCUGGUGGGAAGGGCUUUGGAGUUUGGUGAACCAGUGCUGCUGGUUGGAGACACUGGGUGUGGAAAAACUACAAUUUGUCAGGUGUUUGCAGCCUUGGCAAAUCAGAAGUUAUACUCAGUUAACUGCCACUUACACAUGGAAACCUCGGACUUUUUGGGGGGACUGCGUCCAGUGAGACAGAAGUCUAAGGAAGAAGUGGACACAUUAAGACUAUUUGAGUGGCAUGAUGGACCCCUGGUUCUUGCCAUGAAGGAAGAUAGCUUCUUUCUCUUGGAUGAGAUUUCACUGGCUGAUGACUCUGUCUUGGAAAGACUCAACAGUGUCCUAGAAAUGGAAAAAUCUUUGGUAUUAUCUGAAAAGGGCAGCCUAGAAGACAAGGAUAAUGAGGUAGAGCUGUUGACUGCUGGGAAAAAAUUCCGCGUCUUAGCAACCAUGAAUCCUGGGGGUGACUUUGGAAAAAAAGAGCUGUCUCCUGCCUUGAGAAACAGGUUUACAGAAAUAUGGUGCCCCCAAAGUACAAGUCGGGAAGACUUAAUUCAGAUUAUAAGUCGUAAUCUUCAACCUGGAUUGUCUUUUGGCAGAACAGAUCAUAAAGGGCUGGACAUUGCUGAGGUGAUGCUGGACUUCUUUGACUGGCUGACCAAUCAGGAGUUUGGCCGAAGGUGUGUCAUCACUAUCAGAGAUAUUCUCUCUUGGGUUCACUUCAUGAACACCAUGUGGGAGGAAAGUGCUAUGAAAAGGCCUGAAACCAUCUCCACUGUGACAUCUUUUGUUCAUGCUGCAUGCUCGGUAUACAUCGAUGGAAUAGGUUCAGGAGCAACUUCCUCUGGAUUUGGUACUGCCCUGUUGGCUCGCAAAGAAUGCCUGAAAUUCCUGAUGAAGAAACUUUCCAAAAUUGUUAGACUUACAGACUGUCAGAAAAGUGAAUUGAAAAUUUAUGAUAGAUUCAAGGCCAGAGAAUUCACAGGGAUUGAUAACCUAUGGGGAAUUCAUCCAUUUUUUAUACCAAAGGGACCUGUCUUGUAUAGGACUAAUACUGCUGACUAUGCACUCAGUGCAGGCACAACGGCUAUGAAUGCACAGAGGCUCUUAAGAGCUAUGAAGCUGAAUAAACCCAUUCUCCUGGAAGGUUCUCCUGGUGUAGGCAAGACAAGUUUGGUGACAGCAUUAGCAAAAGCUUCAGGCAAUACCCUUGUUCGAAUCAACUUGUCAGAACAGACGGACAUCACAGACCUGUUUGGAGCUGAUUUUCCUGUUGAAGGUGGCAAAGGAGGAGAGUUUGCGUGGCGUGAUGGUUCCUUGCUGGCAGCUUUAAAGGCAGGCCACUGGGUUGUAUUGGAUGAGCUUAACCUGGCUUCUCAGUCUGUAUUGGAAGGCCUAAAUGCUUGUUUUGAUCAUCGAGGUGAAAUAUAUGUUCCUGAGCUAGGAAUGAGCUUCCGAGUACAACAUGAAAAGACAAAGAUCUUUGGAUGUCAGAAUCCUUUUAGACAAGGAGGAGGCAGGAAGGGCUUACCUCGGUCUUUCCUUAACAGAUUUACUCAGGUUUUUGUGGAUCCUCUUACAGUAAUUGACAUGGAGUUUAUUGCUAGCACUUUGUUCCCUGCUAUUGACAAAAACACUAUUAAGAAAAUGGUUGCUUUCAAUAACCAAAUUGAUCAUGAAGUAACUGUUGAAAAGAAAUGGGGGCAAAAAGGAGGUCCCUGGGAAUUCAACCUCCGGGACCUUUUUCGCUGGUGUCAACUGAUGCUGGUUGACCAGUCCCCUGGCAGUUAUGACCCUGCUCAGCAUGUGCUUUUGAUCUACGGAGAAAGAAUGAGAACCAGAGAAGACAAAGAAAAGGUUAUUGCUGUGUUCAAGGAUGUGUUUGGUUCUAACUCUAAUCCAUACAUGGGAAGCAGACUGUUUCACAUUACUCCUUACAAUGUCCAGGUGGGCUACUCAGUUCUUUCUCGGGAUACCUAUGUUCCUCCACUGUCUCGCCGCCCUCUGUUGAUUCUUCACCAGUCUUUACUGUCUCUGGAGUCAAUUAUGAAGUGUGUCCAAAUGAGCUGGAUGGUCAUCCUUGUGGGUCCAGCUUCUGUGGGUAAAACCAGCUUGGUCCAGCUGCUGGCACACCUUACCGGUCACAAUUUAAAGAUCAUGGCAAUGAAUAGUGCAAUGGAUACUACGGAGCUUUUGGGAGGAUUUGAACAGGUUGAUCUUGUCAGGCCAUGGAGGCAACUGUUGGAGAAGGUAGAGAAUGUUGUGAAGGUACUCUUACGAGAUAGCCUCCUCAGCAGUGCUGAGGAUGGAGAAGUUGUGCUGCGAGCAUGGAGCCAUUUUCUACUGAAUUAUAAACCCAAGUGUCUUGGAGAAGGUGGAAAAAAUACCACCGUAGAAAUUGUCAACAAGCUGGAAGCAGUAUUACUGCUUAUGCAGCGUCUCAACAAUAAAAUCAACUCUUGCUCUAAGGCAGAGUUUGCCAAACUUGUGGAAGAAUUCCGAAGCUUUGGGGUGAAGCUUUCUCAGUCAGCCAGUGGCCACAGUCAUGGCACGUUUGAAUGGGUUGACAGCAUGUUGGUUCAUGCCCUGAAGUCUGGAGAUUGGCUUCUGAUGGACAAUGUUAACUUCUGCAACCCAUCAGUGCUGGAUCGCUUGAAUGCUUUGCUUGAACCUGGAGGUGUCCUCACUGUCAGUGAGAGAGGAAUGAUCGAUGGAUCUACUCCCACCAUAACCCCAAAUCCCAAUUUCAGACUUUUUCUCUCAAUGGAUCCUGUUCAUGGAGAAAUAUCUCGAGCUAUGAGGAACCGUGGACUUGAAGUCUAUAUCCCUGGAGAAGGGGAUGGGAGAAUUGCAGAUGAAUUUGAUCUUAAAGUUUUGUUGCACAGCCUGGGCUUGGUGGGGGCCAGUGUUUGUGAAACCCUCCUGGAUCUACACACAGAGACCCAAAGAGUUUUUGUAGGUUCUCCAACAUCCUCUGUUUCAACUCUAAUUCAGGCAGCUGUCCUCAUUGUCCAGUACCUGCAGCGAGGGCUGAGUUUAGCCAGAGCCUUUUCUGAGGCAUGUUGGGAAACAUAUGUCUGUUCCCAGCAUUCACCAGCAAAUCAGAAGCUUGUACAAGGUAUACUGGAGAAACAUAUGUUUUCUCUGCAAGCCCAUGAAACCUGGGGCAGCUCCAUUCUUGCUAUGGGGCUUUGGCCUGAUUCUCUACCUUCUGCUGCCUUUGCCACGGAAGACUCUCACCUCUCUACCGUCCGAAGCGAUGGACAGAUCUUAGCAUAUUGCCUCAAUAGGAUGAGCAUGAAAACAAGCAACUGGACAAGGCUUCAGCCUCUUACCUUACCAGACUUGGAGAAAAUUAUGCAAUCUUCCAACCCUGAGAACUUGAAAUUCAGUUCAGUUGAAAUGGAUACUUACUGGAUUGAUGAUCCAGAUGUUCUGGUCAUGGCUGUUAAAUUGCUCAUUGAAAGAGCAACCAAUCAAGAUUGGAUGCUUAGAGUUAAAUGGCUUUAUCAUUUAGCCAAAAAUAUACCACAGGGGCUUGAGUCCAUACAGAUUCAUUUGGAAGCCAGUGCUGCAUCUCUCAGCAAUUUUUAUUCAAAUUCUCUCUCAUCUGGGAUCAGUAAUGUUAUCAAAAUAGCACAACCAAAUAUAACAGAUGAAUUCGUGAUUCCUGCGGACCCCCGAUGGAAUAUGCAGACUUUGGACAUCAUUAAAAAUUCAAUGGAUUUUGAUCCCCAGACAGACCAGAUGCAGCAGUUUUUUACCCUUUUAGAGUCUGUUGCAAAUAAGACAAUUAUAUAUCUUGACCGGGAAAAACGGAUUUUUAUGGAAGCAAAUUUGAUUUCUGUUGGUGGAAAAAAGUUAAAUAGUGUUUUGAGACUGUCCUUUGACUUUCACAGAGAUCCAGACAGUUACCAGAGCCUUCCUCAUGAAGUUGUGGUCAAUCUCGCAGCUUUCUUUGAACUUUGUGAUGCCCUCAUCCUACUCUGGGCACAGUCAUCCCAGGAGAUGGUAUCAGAUGCUAGCCUCCAUGAGAUCUUAUGUUCAUUGCGGUGGCGGGACCGGUUUUGGGUUGUGGCCGACUCAGUCAAAGUGGAUAUUCAGGGCCUGAGCCUGCUUGCUCUUCACUGGCACUGGGUUUUAAAGCAUUUGGUUCACCGUAUUCCUCAACUCUUGAUGAGCCAUGAAAACAAAUACUUUAAUAAGGUUCAGAGUGUCUCAGAACGUAUUCAGAAUUGCUUGGGGACUCCAACUGGUGGCUUCACUGGUAUAAAGAAGUUGCAGAAGUUCUUGGGACAACCAUUUCCCUUUAAGGACAAGCUGAUGAUGGAUUGCUUUUCACAACUGAAAGUUCUUGAUAAAGCCCUGGUGGUCCAGGGGCGAUUGCCUGCCUUUGGGGAGAGCAGAUGGCGGGAAGACAUCAGGCGUCUCCAAUUGAUUGCUUCUGAAUGGACUUUAAAGAGAAGUCUUCUACAGGCCUGGGGAUGGGUGAUCAGAGCUAAUAUAAUGGAAGAUAUUAACCCAGAUGAAUUGAAGAAUCUUGUGAAUGCUCAAUGUUUAGAGUUAAAAGCCAGAGGAAUUUCUCUUGGCUUUCUGGAAAAGUCCAGUGAAGCUUCCUCCCUGUCCCAGCCAGAUUUUACCUCCUUAAUUCAGCUUACCCGGACCGUUCAGCUGUGGCCUGCAAUGGAGUACUUGGCGAUGCUCUGGCAGUACAAAGUGAUGGUUGAUUUUAUGACACAGGCUUGUCUGAAAGGGUACAUUAAAAACCAAGAGCUCCAUACUGAUGAAGAGAUAAAACAUUACAUCACAUUUUGUCUUAAACACACAUCAAUUUCACCUCAAGAUCUUCGAGUGCUUUGGUCAUUACAGCAUCACCAGAAGGUGCCUCCUGAGGCAACUGUCUCUUUGUGGUCUGAGCUAUUCACUUCAACAUUUGGGACUUUCUGGAGCAGCACUGUCACCACAGACCUAGAAUACUGGCUCACAUGGAAACCUUUGGCUGGCAUGCAGCAGGAUGUGCCCAGGCCCCAUUUAGACUCAACCUUGAAGGGUCCUGCCAAUUUCAGUAGAGCUGUGUUUUCCAAGUGCUGCUUUGAACUCUUGACCAGCAGUUACAUAGAAAGUUCAUGGGAUGUGAGUGGCCUUCCCAUCUUAUCAUCCUCACACGUCACCCUGGGAGAAUGGGUUGAAAGGACCCGGCAACUCCAGGACAUAAAGUCGAUGCUUUGGACCAAUAUGGCUGUUCCCUCGGUAGCCAAGUUCAGGUGCACUGAUUCCCGGCUGCAGGGCCUGGUGUUGUGCAGGUAUCUGGUGGGCCUGGCAGAGCUCAUCCCCGAGCUCCAGCAGCCAGAGUAUGUGCAGGCCUGCCAGCAGCUGCUGCUUGGUGAGAGCCAUGCCUUCCAGCAUGUGAGGCAGACUCUUGAGGGCCUGGCUGACCAGGAAGUGCUGCCCCAAGAUCUGCUGUGCCUCCUGCUGACCUCUCUGUGCCACUGGUGUGGUGAGGCAGAAAGUGAAUGGGCUCUACCUGAACCUGUCCGGCGAGGGAGCCUCUGGGUGAGCCUUGGCUUGCUUCAGAUUCGGACAUGGCUUCCACAGGCACACUUUGACCCUGCCGUGAAGAGGCAAUACAAGCUCAAGUACGCCAAGGAAGAGUUGUACCAGCUGCAGUGUGAGUGGAAGACCAGAAACCUCUCAUCAGAGCUACAGACAGGAAAAGAGCUGGGAGAUGAGGACAUUAUUCGACACGCUCAUCCUCAUAUCAGGUUGCUUCGUCAAAGAAUAGAGCAGCUGGAGAAGGUAGUGCAUGACCUGUCCAAGAAGCAGGCCUGCCGACCGCAACUGCCCACAUACGAGUCCCUGACCCAGGAACUCUACCAGUACACCAGCAGCAUUGGCCAGCCAGUGGCUGUUCAGGACCUGCUUGCACGGCUCCUGAAGGUACUGCCAGCAGAUGGGUCUCGCUCUGCGCAGGCAGCCCAAUCCAUGCUGAAGGAGGAAGCCUCUUGGCAGCAAUCACAGCAGCAGUUCCGAAAGCGGCUGGCUGAGGAAUACGCCCUCUUUCCAGACUCAGUGGCCCCACUGCAGGCUUCCAUCUUGCAGCUGCAACAUGGCAUGAGACUUGUGGCAUCGGAGGUCCACACUGCGCUCCACAGCAGCAUGGUUUCAGCAGACAGCCUGACCACUGUGGCCACAUCCCUACUGGCCUUCCCUUCGGUUGGCCCUGUCUUUUCUACCUACUACGCUCAUGCAGAUGCUCUGUGUGCUGUAAAGUCAGAAGAGGUUCUGCAAGGCCUUGGCAAGCUGAUCCUCAAGCGUUCUGGUGGAAGGGACCUAGAAAGCAAGGACCAGAGAAGCUGCCUUACCCGCGAGCAACUGCUGUUGAGUGCACUUCUCUACCUACGCUCCCAUGUGCUUUGCAAAGGAGAGUUGGACCAACGGACCUUGCAUCUCUUCAGACACGUGUGCCAGGAAAUCAUCAAUGAAUGGGAUGAACAGCAACAAGCAGCCCAAGAAAAGGCUGAACAAGAAAGCAGCUUGUACCAGUACAAGAGCAGGAACUCCCAAACAGUCCUGAGUGAAGAGGAAGAGGAGGAAAGAGAAUUCAGAAAACAGUUUCCACUGCAUGACAAGGAUUUUGAGGAUAUUUUGGUGGAACCGACACUGGAGAAGGAGAAAGGAACACCAGAUGGGAAAGCAGAAGAAGCAGCCCCGUGCUUUGACCUCUUUUCCCAGGGCUCCAUGCAGGCUGUGAUGCUCAUCCACCAGCAGCUGUGCCUCCACUCUGCUUGGUCCUUGUGGUACCAGCACACUCUGCCUCCACAUGAGGCAAAACAUUACCUCAGCCUGUUUCUGUCCUGCUAUCAGACUGGGGCCUCACUCGUUGCACACUUUUAUCCGCUCAUGGGAGCCGAGCUGAAUGAUCAGCUCUUAGGCACCCAGCUGUUGGCCUGCACGCUUUCCCAUAACACUCUCUUUGGGGAGAUGACCUCGGACCUGAUUGUGAGGCCUGAUGGGCCCUAUGACUUCUACCAGCAUCCCAAUGUCCAGGAAGUACGACUUUGCGAGCCAGUACUUCACAGCUUUUCUGAGGCAGUCCGGCAGCUGCUGCAGGAGUGGCCAGAACACCCAGCUCUUGAGCAGCUGCUAGUUGUGAUGGACAGAAUCCGAAGCUUUCCUCUCUCCUGCCCUGUCUCAAAGUUCCUGAAUGGUUUAGAGAUACUUUUGUCAAAGGCUCAGGAUUGGGAAGAGAAUGCAAGUCGAACUCUGUCUUUGCGGAAACAUCUCGAUUCGGUCAGUCAGAUGAUAAUUCGAUGGAGGAAACUGGAACUGAACUGCUGGUCUAUGAGUUUGGAUAAUACCAUGAAGCGCCACACUGAGAGAUCUACCAAGUACUGGUUCUCCAUUUACCAGAUGAUAGAGAGAUACAUGCAGGAAUCAACAGAAGAGCUGGAAGAUGAUAAACAGAUGAGCCUGAUGUUGCUGGUCAACACAUUGCAAGCAUUUAUCGAAGGAUCUUCAUUGGGAGAAUUCCACGUACGACUGCAGAUGUUACUCGUUUUUCAUUGCCAUGUUCUGUUGAUGCCACAUGUGGAAGGAAAGGAUGCACUUUGCAGUGUAUUGUGGAAUUUGUACCAUUAUUACAAGCAGUUCUUUGACCGGGUCCAGGCUAAAAUUCUGGAACUUCGUUUCCCCAUAGAAAAAGAACUUAAAGAAUUUGUUAAGAUAUCCAGGUGGAAUGAUGUCAGCUUCUGGGCCAUUAAACAGUCUGUGGAAAAAACACACAGGACCCUCUUUAAAUUCAUGAAGAAAUUUGAAGCUGUGCUGUGUGAAUCCUGCCAGCCAUGCCUGGUGGAGGACGACAAGGAAGAACAGCUAGACUUUCUGCCGUGUUCAGCAGACACCGUCACAAGUGAGGGUUCCACCAUCCAGAGUCUGAAUGGAGUGCUAAGGGACACCCUUUUAGCUUGUCCAGCACCUGCACAGAAACAGUGCAGGGAUGCUGCUCUUCCCAAGGCGGGGCCACUUCUGCGCCGCAUGCCAGUGCUCCUGAAGCGAAUGAAGAAGGUGUGCCUUACGCUUCUGAAGGAGAGCCGCCUGCCUCAGCUCGUGGAGGGCCUUGAUGACUUUACUGGUGAAGUGAUCUCCUCUGUGACUGAGCUGCAGAGCUUAAAGGUAGACCCUUCUGCAGAAAAGGAGAAGCAGCGGUCAGAAGCCAAGCACAUUCUCAUGCAGAAGCAGCGAGCUCUGUCAGACCUCUUCAAGCACCUGGCAAAAACUGGUUUGUCAUACCGCAAAGGCCUUACCUGGGCUCGUUCAAAGAACCCUCAAGAGAUGCUUCAUCUUCACCCUCUAGAUCUUCGAAGUGCGUUGUCUAUUGUUAGAAGUUCCCAGGAAGCUGAGUCUAGGCUGCUUGCAGAAAUCUCAUCUUCAUGGGAUGGAUGCCAGAAGUAUUUUUACCGUGCUCUUGCCCGGCAUGCCAGGCUCAGUGCUGCCCUGGCAGCUCCUAACAAGGAAAUGGGCCUGGGCAGCAUUGAGCGCUGUAAAGGCUUCUCGGCGCAUUUGAUGAAGGUGCUUAUCUGCCAGCGACGGUCCCUGACCACAUUGACUGAGCAAUGGAUCCUUCUCAGGAACCUCCUCAGCUGUGUGCAGGAGAUUGAGGAGAGGUUGACAAGGCCACAGGUCUACCCCACAGCCUUCCCCCCACAAGAUGGGGUGCAGCAGUGGACAGAGAAGCUGCAGUUUCUGGCCAUGCAGAGCCAAGUUCUGCUCGAACAGCUCUCCUGGCUCCUCCAGUGCUGUCCGAGUGCCAGGGAUACCCCAGCAGGACAGCAGUCUUCUGUUUCUUGCCUGGAAGUAGCAGAGCUAACCCAAGGACAGUGUGGUGGAGUAAUGCCAGACCCCUUGCUGAUGGAGCCAAGCUACGAAUCCCCAGUCCCUGGAAGCCAGCUGCCCUCAGUUUGCCGAAUGCAGAAGCAGGACCAGCUUUGGCAAGAGUCGCAUGCAAGACUAACUGAGAUGCUGAAAAGCCUACAGGCAGUGAAAGCAGACAUCAACAGGAUUAGGCAGCAGUCUUGUGAGACCCUCUUUUACUCUUGGAAAGAUUUUGAAGUUUGCUCUUCUGGGCUGAGCUUUCUAUCUCAAGUAUCAGCUUAUUUACAAGACCUAGAGUCCUUGUUCAUUCUUCCAGGGAUGGAAAAUGAGCAAACAGACCCACAAAUGGCCUUAGUUCAGAGCUUGGGCUAUGUAAGACGAGAGAUAAGUAAAGCCACAGAGGACUUUAUUAUCUGGAAGACUCAUCUGCUGAGCUCAGGAAGUCCUAGAGGAAACCAAAUGUCAGAUGAAGGGUUUGUAGAGGAUUUUUCAAAGCAAAUGGAAGCUGCCAUCCAGUCUAUCCUUUUUGCCAUCCAAAACUUAGCAGAAAGAAAUAAUAAAAGAACAGAGGCAGGUGCUGAUCAAAGAAGACAACAUCAAGAAGAUGAGGAAGUAGGCUUUGAGAGACUACAAUCCGGACAUCUAACAAAACUCUUAGAGGAUGACUUCUGGACUGAUGUGAGCAUGCUGCAUGUACAGAAAGUAAAUUCUGCUAUUUCUGAGCUGUUGGAAAUGCUUAAGUCCUGUGGUGAGGAUGGCACAGCAGCAAAGCACACGUACUUCAGCGAGUCUUGCGGCUUCCUGGUGUGCCUACUGCCCAUGCUCACCAGGUACUCAGACCUCGUCCUCUUCUUCCUCACCAUGUCUCUGGCAACUCACCGCAGUUCUGCAAAGCUGCUCACUGUGCUUACCCAGAUCUUCACGGAACUUGCCCAAAAGGGAUUUUGCCUACCCAAAGAAUUUAUGGAAUCAGAAGGAGAGGGAGCAACUGAAUUCCAUGAUUACGAGGGAGGUGGAAUUGGAGAAGGCGAAGGAAUAAAGGAUGUCAGUGACCAGAUAGAAAACGAAGAACAGGCAGAGGAUACAUUUCAGAAGGGUCAAGAAAAGGAUAAAGAAGAUCCUGACUCAAAAUCAGAUAUUAAGGGAGAGGAUAAUGCCAUUGAGAUGUCUGAAGACUUUGAUGGGAAAAUGCAUGACGGAGAACUUGAAGAACAAGAGGAGGAUGAUGAAAAAUCGGAUAGUGAAGGUGGAGAGCUGGACAAACAGAUGGGUGAUCUGAAUGGUGAAGAAGCUGACAAGCUUGAUGAGAGGCUUUGGGGUGAUGAUGACGAUGAGGAGGAAGAGGAGGAGGAAAACAGUAAAACUGAAGAAACAGGACCAGGGAUGGAUGAGGAAGAUUGUGGACUUGCUGCUAAAGAGAACAACUUGGAUGCUGGAAAGUCUAGCAAAGAUAAAAAGCAGCAAGAUAAGGAAGAAAAGGAAGAGGCUGAUGAUGAUGGACAAGGCCAAGAUAAAAUCAAUGAACAAAUAGAUGAGAGAGGCUAUGAUGAGAAUGAGGUGGAUCCUUACCAUGGCAAACAGGAAGAACUACCAGAACCAGAAGCAUUGGAUCUUCCAGAUGACUUGAAACUAGACAGUGAGGACAAGAAUGAUGCUGAGGAUACAGAUAAUGAAGAUGAGGAAGAAAAGAAUCCAUUGGAACUUGAAGAGAAAACAGUGGAAGCUGAAGAAGGAGGUGGUAUGCCUGAGGAAGCAAAUGAGGCAUCAGAGGCAGACCAGGAUGAAAACUCGACCUCAGCAGAACCUGAGGAAGGCCCCAGUGAGCCUGUUGGAGACGACAGGGAUGAGCAGAUGGACACAGAGGCUAAUGACCAAGACAAAGAUACUACUGAGCAUCCUGAAGAAAGCUCAGAUGAGCAGUCUCAAAAGAAUGGGGACAAGGAUGCUAGUGAGGAAAGUGCAGAAAACAGUAGCCCUGCUGACCAAGGUCUCCAGCCUCAGAAGCAGGAGAAAGACAAAGAAGAAGGGGAGGACUCUGACCUUGAAGAGCCAGUGCCAGAGGCCACAGAGAGGAAGGAGCAUGAGUCCUGUGUGCAGACAGGGCCUGAGACGGUGCAGAGCGAGCAGGCUGUUGAGCUGGCGGGGACUGCACCUGAGAAGGAGCAGGGGAAGGAGGAACAUGGGAGUGGAGCUGCAGACGCAAAUCAGGCAGAAGGCCACGAAUCCAACUUCAUCGCUCGGUUGGCCUCGCAGAAGCACACCAGGAAAAACACACAGAGUUUUAAGAGAAAGCCUGGCCAGGCUGACAACGAACGCACCAUGGGGGAUCACAGUGAGCGGGUACAUAAGCGGCUGAAGACCGUGGAGUCCAGCAGCCGCACUGAGCAGGGCCCAGCACAACCUGAGACACAGGUGGAAGAUGCGGAGGUGUUUGAGCACAUUAAACAAGGCAGCGAGCCUUAUGAUGCUCAGACCUAUGAUGUUGCCAGUGAGGAACAAAAGCAACUUGCAGGCGACUCCCAGAAGGAUCAAGAAGAAGAGACGGAGGAGAUGCUUAUGGACACAGAAGAGCAAGAGGAUCUGAGAACAGUGAACACAGAGCAGCUAAAGCCAGAGGAGGUGAAGUCGUCAGUGACCUCUGGACACUCUGGAUCUGAUGAGCUGGAGAUAGAGACCCAAACUGUUAAAACAGAAGAAGACGAAGAACCCAAGACAGAUAGAUCUGAUAAGGCAGCAGAGGGUGAAAAACCAGAGAGAAGCCAGGAUUCCACCAUUCAUACAGCCUAUCAGCUCUUCGUGGAUACUAUUUUCCAGCCCUUUUUAAAAGAUGUCAGUGAGCUGAGACAGGAGCUGGAGAGGCAACUGGAAAUGUGGCAGUCAGAUGUAUCAGGAAGCCCAGAAGAAGAGAAGGCUGCUGCUGAGAUGUGGCAGCGUUACCUGCUCAUAACUUCACCCCUGUCACAACAGUUGUGUGAGCAGCUUCGCCUCAUAUUAGAGCCCAGCCAGGCAGCCAAACUGAGAGGAGACUAUCGCACUGGGAAGCGGCUGAAUAUGCGGAAGGUCAUCCCGUACAUUGCCAGUCAGUUUCGCAAAGACAAGAUAUGGCUUAGGCGGACCAAGCCCAGUAAACGCCAGUAUCAGAUCUGCUUGGCUAUUGAUGACUCUUCAAGCAUGGUAGACAACCACACCAAACAGCUUGCAUUUGAGUCUUUGGCAGUAAUUGGAAGUGCUCUAGCACUCCUGGAAGUAGGUCAAAUUGCUGUGUGCAGUUUUGGAGAGUCUGUAAAACUCCUACAUCCCUUUCAUGAACAGUUCAGUGAUUCCUCAGGGUCCCGGAUUCUGAGACUCUGCAAAUUUCAACAAAAGAAAACUAAGAUUGCUCAGUUUUUAGAGUCUGUGGCCAGUAUAUUUGCAGCUGCUCGACAACUCUCACAAAAUGUCAACCCAGAAACUGCCCAACUCCUCCUGGUGGUCUCGGAUGGACGUGGCCUUUUCCUGGAAGGCAAAGAUCGAGUCCUGGCGGCAGUUCAGGCUGCUCUGAGUGCUAACAUCUUUGUUAUUUUUGUUGUUUUGGACAAUCCCAAUUCCCGGGACUCGAUCUUGGAUAUUAAAGUGCCUAUAUUUAAAGGACCUGGAGAAAUACCUGAAAUUCGAUCCUACAUGGAAGAGUUCCCAUUCCCUUUCUACAUAAUUCUUCGUGAUGUAAAUGCACUUCCUGAGACACUCAGCGAUGCUCUCAGACAGUGGUUUGAACUGGUGACAGCCUCAGACCACUCAUAACCAAAGACUUGACAUUUCUUUUCAUAUCUGUUCCACUUAGUCGACUUUCCAGAUUCACAAAUCUGAAAUAAUUUGAUCUGAUCUCCAGUCACUAUUCUAAAACAUCCUUGG